AAAGAUCAUGCAGCAUUGUAGUAAAAUUGCCAGUUUGGCAAUGCAGUGUAGUUUUACAACAAAUUCUACGUGGCUGCACAGUCAAGACAAAACCAUCUCGGACAAAAUACCUUCCGUUAUUUUUAUGAAGCGAACAACACCCACCCCGUUAAAACCCCUCCCGUUAAAUUUUCAAGGUAGACCUAACCACGCCCGUUGAAUUAUCAAAAUAUCUCCGUCUUUAUUCCAAGUAGAACAAAACCCAUCUCGUUAGUUAUAGAAGUAUAUUGGACAUAAUCGCACGAUAUAACUUGCUUUUGUAAAUAUCAUUUCUUCACACAAGAAAACUAAAAAUGGUUACUUUAAUCUUUUUAUCAUAAUUAUGGCUAUUAAAAAUAUUACUAAUAAUAUAUUUUACAAGCAUCUCUACAGCACUGCAGAGAUCGCCGGAAGGGGUUUUGUCCGCCUUGAAAUAUCAGCUGGAGUGGUUUUGUACAACUUGAAAUUUAAACGGGAGGGGUUUUGUCCUAACAUUUCGAAGUUCAUCUUCCUUCUAAAAUUACUUGCGUUUGGAUAGGGGUCCUGAAUUGGUGCUUUACACCUGGCAUGCACGCAGCUUUUUUCAAAACAGACAAAAAAGAAAGAAGUAAAUAAAUUAAUGACAUGAAAAAUAGAAUAAAAUAAAAUAAGGGAAGAAAUCGCCGCAAUGAUAGUUUUCAUCAUUUCUGCGUUAUCUGUACACACAGGCGAAAAUAAUCAUGACACGUGUAUCAUGCUGGCCUUGGACAGGUGAGUACACAGUUACUACAUCUCGGUCACCAUGGUAACGCUAUAGGUAUUCUCAUAAUCUGAUGCAGUGUUAAUUCACACAAUAUGUCUACACGCUUAUAAGCCAUGUGGCUGUCAUGAUAACAUACACUAGACAAAGGUAAAAUCGAGAAAAAUAGAUUUGGACGGAUUUUACAAAUUUUUUUGACCGCUUCUCGUAGACAUGGAAGAUGUAACUGAAACCGAAAAGGAAAUUAUUGCCAUUACAGCAAAGAUAGAAGUCGAGAAAUCUGAAGAAAAUUUUGUCAAUCGAUCCAAACUAUUUUAUUCAGCUCAGCUCUAUCGUCAGGCACUUGAUGAUGCGAAAAGUGCGUUGAAAAUUAACCCGAAGUCCAUCGACGGGCUUGUAGCCGCUGGAAAAGCAUCGCUGAAGCUUCAGAAUUUCCUUGAAAGUUACGAGUUCUACAAGGAAGGUUUAGCCUUAGAUCCUAAGAAUUCAGAAAUUGCCGAAGACUUACGAAACCUUCAGACUAUACUGCUCUCCGAUUAUGAAAACGACAGAGAACUUUCAGAGAGAUCUUAUAACGCGGUUGAACUUUGCUCUCAAGACGUGUACCCUGGUGACGAUGAACUCUUUAAACUGGAGGUAGAAAUUCUCGCUAAGAAACACAAAACUGACGCGACAAAAUGUAUUGCUCCAGCACAGGUUGAUAUGAAGACACGAAAAGAUGCGGCCACCAUUGCUGUUAUGGCCUAUAACGCACUUGAGGACGGGCGGCUCCAAGAGGCUCUCGAGUGUAUACAGGUGGCGCUGCGCAAAGAUAGCACCAACGCUCGUAUGAUCCAAAUACGUGCCGAGAUUUUCCGUGAUCUUGGUGAAGAUGAGAAGGCUCUUCAAGACGUGAUGAGUAUUCCGAAACCACACAGAGUAGCCGAUGUAUGGAAACUGGGAGGUAAAAUAUUGGCAAAGCUGUCUCUGCCCAUACUAGCGGAGUUCUGGUUCAGGAAAGCAACGGCACUUAUUCCACAAAAAGAGAAAAGUAAGGACCUGGAGGCACCAAUCUUGUUCCAGAAAGUUCGAGUCAAGAGGAUCUAUGGACCAUUAACAAUAGAUUUCCCAGUGAAGGUGGACUUCACAAAUUACGGGAGAGCAGUGUACGCGACAGAUACGCUAGAACCAGGUGAAGAUGCAUUUGACGAUUUACCCGUCGUGGUUGGCCAGUUACUAACCUGCCUCGACCUCCCCGGCUGCGACCACUGCGGGAACUCGCUUAUAACUCAACGCGAUUACUUUGGUGAUCAAUGGAAGACACUUCCUUCACACCUGCGCGCCUUCGUGGACCAACACUGGCCGGAAGUGACGCCGCUCUAUUGUAGAUUCUGCAGGCGAGAAAAGUACUGUAGCGCCACCUGUCAAGCAGAGGCAUGGGAACGGUACCACCAAAUUAUCUGUCCAUCAGUGAACCCCGUUAGUACCGAGUUGUACGACAUCAUUGACAACAAAGGGCAGGCAAAGAACGAAAGGGGCGUGUUACAGGACGUAUGGGCGGGUCAUUAUAGUCCCAUAAUUCUGAUCAAAAUAUGGGCCUCCAUAAUUGCGGAAGCUAAACGACAGAUGAAACAAGCUGGGUUGUCGCAGCCAAGUACGGAAAACUGGGCCCAUGCAAAGAUGCCAUUCCGCAAGUUCAUUUCCUUCGGUCGAGAAUCCGCGGUAAAACGUAUGCCAGAGAUUUUCAAACUGGUUCAGAGAUUAUUCGCUGACUGUGGGGAUGGAGUCAAGUAUCCAAUCAGCGAGGAGGAAUUUGAGGCACGUUAUUUCCAAGCCACGUGCAACCUGCAAGCGUUCAGCUCCUCGAUAACACCAAAACAUAAAUUCAUGGAGAAAUUGCCAACAAUUGAGGAUUUACGUUCUUUGCAGAUUUUGAAAUUUCUCGAGGAAAAACCACCAAUGGUUUUGUUUGCAGGAAUGUUCCCGCUACAUGCAUGUUUAAAUCACGCGUGUGACAAUAAUGUUGAAGUUAUGGACGGGUUCGUAGAGGGUAAACCCGCCGUGCACGUGCGCGUUAAAAAGCAUAUUAAACCGGGUGAGGAAUUGUUUACAACAUACAUAGACACAUCUAUGCCGAAAAGAUUACGAAGGGCGUGGUUAUACAAAUCAUUUAACUUCUGGUGUCUCUGCAAACGGUGUCAAUUCGAAGGUGACGAUAAUACUUCGUGCACUCAGUGCAAAAAGGCCGCUCCCGAGGGAAAGAAGUUCCCCGGAUGUAGUAAAUGCAAGAAAGCAUGGUAUUGUUCUACAAAAUGUCAGAAAGAGGCUUGGGUGAAAGGUCACAAAGAUAUUUGUGCCUUGCUUCAUUCCAUUGUGCAAAUGCAAGCUGCUGAGAACUGAUUUCAAUUCUAGUCUGGCAAAUGUCAGUGUGUCUGUGUACAAGUAGCUGUUCGUAUUUUGGGUUACAGUUUUCACAAGUGUAAGAAGGUGUGAAUGUAUCUAUUUCUUGUAGGAGUGCACAUGCUUAAUAAUUAAUUUUAGACAUUACUACUAUAGUUUUUCUCCUUGGAAAAGCAUUGGACAAAAUAAAAAAUAUAUAUGUAUCACUUUUUUUCAUAUUAUUAUCUAGUUGCGAAGUUAGGAAAGUCUAUGUUUUAAACAUAGAAAAUUUAGGUAAAUUUCCACAACCUUGUCUCUGAAUAAUGGAUUCUGUAGUUAUUUAUAUAGUUCUAUUUAAAUUGUUCUAACUUAUUUACAAUGCCUUACCAUACAAAUGUAUUAUUUGUGAUAUAUAAAUUUGCUAAAUGAUUAAUAAAUAAAUGGUGAAUCAAGGAC